AUGGUCAAAGAAACGAAGCUUUACGAUGUCCUCGGGGUCUCACCAGAUGCCACGGAGCAGCAGCUCAAAACGGCAUACCGCAAAGGUGCACUGAAGCACCACCCCGACAAGAACGCCCAUGACCCCGCAGCCGCCGAGAAGUUCAAGGAAAUCUCUCACGCAUAUGAGGUCUUGAACGACUCACAAAAGCGCCAGAUAUAUGACACAUACGGCGAGGAGGGUCUGGAACAAGGCGGCGGAGGCGGAGGCGGCAUGGGCGCCGAGGAUCUGUUCGCUCAGUUCUUCGGAGGAGGCGGUGCUGGCCCGUUCGGAGGCAUGGGCGGCAUGUUCGGUGGCGGUGGACGGGAGCAAGGGCCAAAGAAGGCACGCACGAUCCACCACGUCCACAAGGUCUCGCUCGAGGACAUCUACCGAGGAAAAGUGUCAAAGCUUGCACUUCAGAAGUCCAUCAUCUGCAACAAGUGUGAUGGCCGCGGUGGCAAGGAGGGCGCCGUCAAGACCUGCACAGGUUGUAACGGUGCCGGUAUGAAGAUGAUGAUGCGCCAGAUGGGUCCCAUGAUCCAACGCUUCCAGACAGUCUGCCCGGAUUGUAACGGUGAAGGUGAAAUCGUGCGGGAGAAAGACAAGUGCAAGCAGUGCAACGGCAAGAAGACGGUCAUCGAGCGCAAGGUCCUCCACGUCCACGUGGACCGCGGUGUCCAGUCAGGCACCAAGAUCGAUUUUCGUGGCGAGGGUGAUCAGAUGCCGGGCGUUCAGCCCGGUGACGUCCAGUUCGAGAUUGAGCAGAAGGCGCACCCGCGCUUCCAGCGCAAAGGCGACGAUCUCUUUUACGCAGCAGAGAUUGAUCUUUUGACCGCACUUGCCGGCGGAGCCAUCUACAUUGAACAUCUUGACGAUCGGUGGUUGACUGUGGAGAUCAUGCCAGGCGAAGUUAUCGCGCCAGGUGAAAUCAAAAUCAUUCGCGGCCAGGGCAUGCCCUCUCACCGACACCACGACUUUGGCAACUUGUACGUCAAAUUCGACGUCAAGUUCCCUGAGCGACUACAUGGCCCCCCCGAUGCCGACGGCUAUCCGACAUCCCUCACGCCGCAACAAGUUCAAGCUCUCGAGUCAGUCCUGCCACCGCGUGCUCCGCAGAACAUUCCUCCGCCGAAUGCCAUGACCGACGACUACCAACUCGAAAAGGUUGACCCGACGAGAGAGGGCGACCGUGCAGCCCGCGCAACGGAUGAGGACGACGAGGAGAUGCACGGCGGAGGCGAGCGUGUGCAAUGCGCAUCGCAGUAA